AUGGGGUUAGGCUGGGAUAGAUGCAUCUGUUAUGUCCUCAGCUUUUGAGAUAGCCACAAAUAAAGAUACUUUUCUGAUGCUGUCACUGGAAGCUGGGAAAGAGCCAUCAACUUGUUCCAUGAAUUGCCAUAAUUGUUGGAUGGUGCUUAUUAAUUUGUCACUGCUUGUGUCGGUAAAUGAAAAACUAUGGCCAAAAGGGGAGGGGGCUUUUUCUGCUUCUCCAUGGUUGAGCCAUUCAUCCCACAUAUAAAGUGGAAGUGGGAGGUCCCAUGGUGAUCCAGACCUUUUUUUCACCUGAAUAUAACACAAGAUAUUCUGUGGCCCUUUUCAGCUUUAAUUUGUUUUGUUUGGUUUUUUCUUUGUUGCUCUGUUCUUUUGCUUUUUCUAGUUUGACAUGGAAUGAAGUGUUUUUACAUCAGGACUGAGCAUGUGUCUCUGUACAGUUUUUUUUGUUUUUGUUUUUGUUUUUGUUUUUGUUUUUUUUUUGUUAGAAACGGUGGUUCCUGCUUAGUUGUCAUGCAUGGGAUGGGGUCUGAAAAAUGUAGAGAGUUUAAGAAUAUAUUCUGCUAAAUUCACCUCCAUCAGCAUGAGCUUGGGGGUUUCUGGUCCUUCUGUCAUUGGUGACUAUAAAACUGUAGGAGCAUUUUGACUUCCUUUUCCUCUUGCGAAUUUCCACAAACUUGGAGUUUACAGGAAUGGCUUAACUGACCUGUAGCCUUUGGCAAACGUCUCAUCAGAAGCUUUGCUAGCUCUGUGGGUAGCUCUUAGCAGAGGGUUUGGAUGCAAUGCCAGGGCUUUAAGAAUGUUUCUGUUCAUUAUAGAAGAAGUUGGAUUCCAUGGGUUCCAAGAGGCGAAGAGCUACCUCUCCUUCCAGCAGCGUCAGCGGUGGAGACUUCGAUGAUGCCCAUCACUCCACCAACAUUCCAGGCCCAAGCAGGAAGAGGAGGAGACUUUCCAAUCUCCCAACUGUAGAUCCUAUUGCUGUCUGCCAUGAGCUCUACAACACCAUCAGAGACUACAAAGAUGAGCAGGGCAGGCUUCUUUGUGAGCUCUUCAUCAGGGCACCCAAGAGAAGAAAUCAGCCAGAUUAUUAUGAAGUGGUUUCUCAGCCAAUUGAUUUAAUGAAAAUCCAACAAAAGCUGAAGAUGGAGGAAUAUGAUGAUGUGAAUGUGCUGACUGCUGAUUUCCAGCUUCUCUUUAACAAUGCAAAGGCUUACUAUAAGCCAGAUUCUCCUGAAUAUAAAGCAGCCUGCAAAUUAUGGGAGCUGUAUUUGCGCACAAAAAAUGAAUUUGUUCAGAAAGGUGAUGCUGAGGAGGAUGAUGAUGAUGAGGAAGGACAUGACAAUCAAGCAAAUUCUGAAUUACAAUAUCCAGAUUAUUAUGCAAUAAUAAAGGAACCCAUAGAUCUUAAAACUAUUGCCCAAAGGAUACAGAAUGGAACUUACAAAAGCAUUCAUGCCAUGGCCAAGGAUAUAGAUCUUCUGGCAAAGAAUGCCAAAACCUACAAUGAGCCUGGAUCCCAAGUAUUCAAGGAUGCAAAUGCGAUUAAAAAGAUAUUUAAUAUGAAAAAGGCUGAGAUUGAACACAGUGAGUUGGCCAAGUCAAGUCUCCGAAUCAGGACUGCAUCAAAUUUGGCUGCUUCCAAGCUGACAGGUCCUUCCUCACAGGGUAAAGGCAGUGUUGGGGAUGAGAGAAAUUCUUCUAACAAAUAUUAUCGUAACAAAAGAUCAGCCCAAGGGGAUCGUUUAUCAGCAAUAACCAUGGCAUUGCAAUAUGGAUCAGAAAGCGAUGAGGAUGCAGCUUUGGCUGCUGCUGCUCGUUAUGAAGAGGGGGAGUCUGAAGCUGAGAGCAUUACCUCCUUCAUGGACACUUCUAAUCCUCUUUACCAGCUUUAUGAUACAGUUAGAAGUUGCCGAAAUAACCAGGGCCAGCUCAUCUCUGAGCCCUUUUUCCACUUGCCCUCUAAGAAAAAGUAUCCUGAUUAUUAUCAGCAAAUUAAAACACCCAUUUCAUUGCAGCAGAUCAGAACCAAGCUGAAGAAUCAUGAGUAUGAAACUUUAGAUCAGUUGGAGGCUGAUCUGAAUUUGAUGUUUGAAAAUGCCAAGCGCUACAAUGUCCCCAAUUCUGCCAUCUAUAAAAGAGUGCUGAAAAUGCAGCAGGUUAUGCAGGCGAAGAAGAAGGAGCUUGCUAGGAGAGAUGACAUUGAGGAUGGGGACAGCAUGAUUUCUUCUGCUACAUCUGAUACUGGAAGCUCAAAAAGGAAAAGUAAAAAGAACAUACGAAAGCAGCGGAUGAAGAUCUUGUACAACGCUGUUCUGGAAGCUCGAGAGCCCGGCACGGGCAGGCGGCUCUGUGAUCUGUUCAUGGUUAAGCCAUCCAAAAAGGACUACCCAGACUACUACAAAAUCAUCCUGGAGCCAAUGGACUUGAAGAUGAUAGAGCACAACAUCCGCAAUGACAAGUACACGGCGGAGGAGGCCAUGAUUGAGGACAUGAAGCUCAUGUUCCGGAACGCCAGGCAUUACAACGAGGAAGGCUCCCAGGUGUACAAUGAUGCCCAUAUGCUGGAAAAGAUCCUUAAAGAAAAAAGGAAAGAGCUGGGACCCUUGGCUGAAGAUGAUGAUGUUGCAUCCCCUAAACUAAAGCUAAGUAGGAAAAGUGGCAUUUCUCCCAAGAAGUCCAAGUACAUGACUCCAAUGCAGCAGAAGCUGAACGAGGUGUAUGAGGCCGUGAAGAACUACACGGACAAGCGCGGGCGGCGGCUGAGCGCCAUCUUCCUGCGGCUGCCCUCCCGCUCCGAGCUCCCCGACUACUACGUCACCAUCAAAAAGCCCGUGGACAUGGAGAAGAUCAGGAGCCACAUGAUGGCAAAUAAAUACCAGGACAUCGACUCCAUGGUGGAGGACUUUGUCAUGAUGUUCAACAACGCCUGUACCUACAACGAGCCGGAGUCUUUGAUUUAUAAAGACGCCCUGGUCCUCCACAAAGUUUUGCUUGAAACUCGGAGGGAAAUAGAAGGAGAUGAGGAUUCUCAUGUACCCAAUGUCACUUUGCUGAUUCAGGAGCUUAUCCAUAACCUCUUUGUAUCUGUUAUGAGCCACCAGGAUGAUGAGGGCAGAUGCUACAGCGACUCCUUAGCUGAGAUUCCAGCUGUUGAUCCCAACUUCCCAAAUAAACCUCCUCUGACUUUUGAUAUUAUCCGAAAAAAUGUUGAAAAUAAUCGCUAUAGGAGAUUAGAUUUGUUCCAGGAGAACAUGUUUGAGGUACUGGAGAGGGCACGGAGAAUGAACAGGACUGAUUCAGAGAUCUAUGAGGAUGCAGUGGAACUUCAGCAGUUCUUCAUUAAAAUUCGAGAUGAACUGUGUAAAAAUGGAGAGAUUCUGCUGUCACCUGCUCUCAGCUACACCACCAAGCAUCUUCACAAUGAUGUAGAGAAGGAAAAGAAGGAAAAGCUGCCCAAAGAAAUAGAGGAAGAUAAGCUCAAAAGGGAGGAGGAGAAGAGAGAAGCUGAAAAGAGUGAAGAUUCCUCUGGAUCAGCUGGGCUGUCAAGUUUGCAUAGGACCUACAGCCAGGACUGCAGCUUCAAGAACAGCAUGUACCAUGUGGGGGAUUAUGUGUACGUGGAGCCUGCAGAGGCCAACUUGCAGCCUCACAUCGUCUGCAUUGAGAGGCUGUGGGAAGAUUCAGCUGGAGAAAAAUGGCUCUAUGGCUGCUGGUUUUAUCGACCAAAUGAAACUUUUCAUCUUGCAACACGAAAAUUCCUGGAGAAAGAAGUUUUUAAAAGUGAUUAUUACAAUAAAGUUCCUGUUAGCAAAAUUUUAGGCAAAUGUGUGGUCAUGUUUGUCAAGGAAUAUUUUAAAUUGUGCCCUGAAAACUUCAGAGAUGAGGAUGUCUAUGUGUGCGAGUCGCGCUAUUCUGCAAAGACAAAGUCUUUUAAAAAGAUUAAACUGUGGACUAUGCCUGUGAGCUCUGUCAGAUUUGUCCCACGAGAUGUGCCCCUGCCUGUGGUCAGAGUUGCUUCUGUGUUUGCCAAUACAGACAAAAUAGAUGAGGAAAAGCACAGUGAAACACUGGAGGACAGUAAGGUGGGAGAAAGUAUCCUUCAUCUUGAAAAGGACAAAGAAGAUGUUCCAGUAGAAAUGUCCAAUGGGGAACCUGGUUGCCAUUACUUUGAACAGCUCUGCUACAAUGACAUGUGGCUGAAGGUUGGGGACUGUGUCUUCAUAAAAUCACACGGGCUGGUGCGGCCUCGUGUAGGAAGAAUUGAGAAGAUGUGGGUACGAGAUGGAGCUGCGUAUUUCUUUGGUCCAAUCUUUAUACACCCUGAAGAAACUGAGCAUGAGCCAACGAAAAUGUUCUACAAGAAGGAGGUGUUUUUGAGUAACUUGGAGGAGACCUGUCCCAUGACUUGCAUUUUGGGAAAGUGUGUCGUUCUGUCAUUCAAAGACUUCCUCUCCUGCAGACCAACAGAAAUCUCUGAAAAUGAUGUUUUUCUUUGUGAGAGCCGCUACAACGAAAGCGACAAACAAAUGAAGAAAUUCAAGGGAUUGAAGAGGUUUUCACUGUCUGCGAAAGUUGUAGAUGAUGAAAUAUACUAUUUUAGAAAACCCAUAGUUCCUCAGAAAGAGCCAUCUCCUCUACUGGAAAAGAAGAUUCAGCAGCUGGAAGCAAAAUUUGCUGAGUUGGAAGGAGGUGAUGAGGACAUGGAAGAGAUGGGAGAAGAGGAAGGUGAUAUGACUGAAACACCUUCUAUGCCUCAGCUUCAGGCCCCCUUGGCCAGUGAUUUGGAUAUAAUGCCUUAUACUCCACCACAGUCCACUCCCAAGUCUGUUAAGGGCAACACCAAGAAGGAGGGAUCAAAAAGGAAGAUCAACAUGAGUGGGUACAUCUUGUUUAGCAGCGAGAUGAGAGCUGUGAUUAAAGCUCAGCAUCCUGACUACUCCUUUGGAGAGCUCAGCAGACUUGUAGGAACUGAAUGGAGAAACUUGGAAGCAACAAAGAAAGCAGAAUAUGAAGGCAUGAUAAGUGGCUAUCCACCGGUGCUGCCACCUUUGCAGGGCCCAGUUGAUGGCAUUGUUAGCAUGGGCAGCAUGCAGCCACUUCACCCAGGGGUGCCACCACCCCACCAGCUCCCGCCAGGUAUGCCAGGCAUCCCAGGCAUCCCACCACCCGGUGUUAUAGGCCAAAAUGUGUCCCCCAUGGUAGGCACUCCAGCACCAGGAGCAAGUCCUUUUGGACAGCAGAUCGGGAUCCUGGGCCCGCCGGGUCAGCAGGCACCCCCACCAUACCCCGGGCAGAGCCCUGCCAGCCAGCCCGUGAUGCAGCAGCCCAGCACCCCCAUGUUUGUCUCCCCUCCACCAAAGACACAGAGGCUCCUCCAUUCUGAAGCCUACCUGAAAUACAUUGAGGGGCUCAGUGCUGAGUCAAAUAGUAUCAGCAAGUGGGACCAGACCCUUGCAGCGCGGAGGCGAGACGUGCACUUGUCCAAGGAGCAGGAGAGCCGCCUGCCCUCACACUGGCUCAAGAGCAAAGGGGCUCACACCACCAUGGCUGACGCGCUGUGGCGCCUGCGGGACCUGAUGCUGCGGGACACCCUGAACAUCCGCCAGGCCUACAACCUGGAGAAUGUGUAGGAACAGCACCCUCCUGGCCAGGGGCUCGUGGGACAAUAGCUGGUUUAGUUACUCGGUGGGAAGAGAGAACCAACAAUAAUUUGUAUUGCGUUUUACUGUACAUUGCAAGACCAUUUUUAUAUAAGGACACUUUUAAUAAGCAUAUUUCACUUUUUGUUAUAUUAAGUUGACUUUAUCAAAUACACGGAUUUUUUGCA